ACCGGGUGGAGCCCGAGAAGGAGAGGCUAACCGAGCAGUUGGGAGGCAAAGAGAGAGAGAGAAGGAGAGGAUGAAGAUGGCAUCUGAAGGCAGCAACGCAGACUGGAUGGGCACCUUGCCCCCCAGCCUCAGCGCCCUCCCCCUGGCCAACCUGGCCAUCCCAGGGUCACAUGACUCCUUCAGCUACUGGGUUGAUGAGAAGUCUCCUGUGGGACCAGAUCAAGCUACGGCAAUCAAACGGCUAGCCAAAAUUUCUUUGGUAAAGAAAAUAAUGAAGAAAUGGUCAGUGACACAAAACUUGACAUUCAAGGAGCAGCUUGAGGGUGGUAUCCGCUACUUUGACCUCCGUGUAUCUUCCAAGCCAGGUGAAGUAGGACAGGAAAUCUACUUCAUACAUGGCUUGUUUGGAAUAACAGUAUGGGAUGGACUGAUGGAGAUCAACACCUUUCUAACACAUCACCCUAAGGAAGUAAUUUUCCUAGAUUUCAACCAUUUCUAUGCUAUGGAUAAGAACCACCAUGUGUACCUGGUCAGCAGGAUCCAAGAAGUGUUUGGAUCAAGACUUUGCACAAAGGAAUGUGUCGAAGAUGUGACAUUGCAAAGCCUUUGGGAAAAGCAACAACAGGUUCUUAUUUUCUACCAUCAUCCUCUCUAUGAAGAAUACCCCAUUCUGUGGCCAGGGAAUAAAAUGCCAGCACCAUGGGCAAACACCACUAAUGUACAUAAACUGCUACAGUUCUUGGAGACCACUCUUGGGGAACGAGAAAAAUAUGGAACUUUUCAUGUUUCUCAAGCUAUCCUCACACCAAGGGUCAAAACUAUUGCACGAAAUCUCAUCCGUGGUCUGAAAAACACACUUGUUCACAGGAAUCUGCCUUUCAUUCUGAACUGGGUGAAGUCACAGAAACCAGGCAUCAUGGGCGUUAACAUAAUUACAUCAGAUUUUGUGGAGCUAGUGGACUUUGCUGCUACUGUAAUUUCACUGAAUAAGCUCCUUUUAGAAGACCAUAAAUCCUGACUUUUUAAAGGCUUUCUUUCUCUCAUCUAAAUUUCACCUUGCCCCUAUUUGGUGGGGAAAUGGUUUCUAGACCUAUCAACAGCUUUAUAGCUCAAACAUUCAGUCUCCAUGCACCAUUUCUUUUCUGUCUUACAUGAGUUAAAGACACCAAAAAGCAUACAUUACUUUGGCAUGCCCAGGUCCAAACUGUUCUGUGCAGCAUGACUUUCUCUUGCACUAGGCUGCACAUAUGGCUGUUCUGCCUGACUCCGCUCAGACACACAGGAUAUGAUGUUGGCCAGCCAACUUGGAGGCUGGACACUUCAGCACAUGUAAAUAAUUAGCAGAGGCCUCAUGGUGGAUUUGUUGAGCAUGUACAUUCUGUCUUUUGUGAAACCCAGGACUGAAACUCCCAAAUAGUUAUGGACAUUUAAGCACAAGUUUACUAGAUGACUCAAAAGAUUUCGUCUGCUGGCUACAUCAGUCAGACAUGUAUGCUGUUCUCUUCCCUUGUACUGUAUUGUACAUUAAGCUACCUCAGACAGUUUUUAAAGAAACAGCAACUGUAUUGUCCAUUGUGACCUACUGUAAAUAUUAUACUGUGUGUGAGUUUAAAGAGUUCACUGUGAUAUAUGAAUUAUGCUUUUAAGCCUCCAUUAGCUUUUACUUGAAGUUACGUUUUAAUUUAUUAUGAAAGUUGGCAAAUUGAAUCUAAUGGAGCAGAAG